CCUUAAGCAACCCCGAGCACCUUGGAGUUAAACACCAUAAGGGGUUGUCAAUUUACAGUUUCUAUAAGAGGCCGUCUCCAAUUUUCGUGCAGGGUACAAAAGGUAAAACAUUAGAGCUAUUACUAACUCACGGAUUAUCACUUGUGACAGCCGGCAAGGAGUUAAAUUCAGGUAGUCAAGGCGAAGGUUGAAGAUUCGAAGGCUAAAUAUUCUCCAGGUAGAAGUAAUGGUGGAAUGGUGGUGGUCUUUAGUUGGAGCUGCUGUGCCAGCUGUAGUGGCAGGUCAAGCUUUCAGGAUGAAAAAGAGGAGAGAUGAGGAGGAGAGGUUGAAGAGGGCGAGAGGCCGUGAGAAGAACUCUGAUGAUAUAUUUGUCUGUGAAAGAGUGUGUACUUCAAAAAGGAUGCUCAAGAAGGUUGGUGCAUUUUCUAAAGACCCGACACCCGAUACUUGCGUUACCGUUUGUGGUGUUUCCGAGCUUGAUGCUUGUGCUGAUGCGUGUGCUCGGACUGUUUGUGUUAAUCAGCAUCAAGUGCCUAACUGGAAUGAUAUCUGUCUUAAGAGGUGUCAAAGUGAGUGUCUUAGGCUCUCACAAUCUUCUGUAGUGUCUUCUUAGCGCACUGCUCUAACAUUUUGCUUUUAUCAUUUCAAGAAUUCUGGGCUAUUGACGAUCUUCUAAAGCUCAUGAAUAUUAUUUUUGCAAUAUGCAUCAAGAUAUUUGAUAUUGGUAGCUUGUGCGUUGAAGACUAAAAUUACGCCGGAGACUUGAUUGCCAGAACCACCACAAUCCAUUAGAUUUUGAGAUUGAACCUAUUAUAUUUUUAAAGUUAUGGGUUCAUAUACUAUUUAUUGUAAUUUUAGAUUUUUUUGACACAUAUGCUUAUAUGUACUGCAGAUAUAAAGUAGUGGAUUUAGAUAAACCCGCUACCCGAAAGCUGCAUCCGCCCCUGUUUGUUGGGGUUAUUGGGGGUGGGGUUAUUGGAAUUCUAGAUACAUCAUGUAUGUAAUCUGAAGCAAAAAGGUUUUCUUUUUUCACGUAA